AUGAAUGCUGCAGCUGAUGGUGACCGGGCUUCUGCCGAAUCCAACUACCCUCUCGCCAUUGAACACUACACCCACGCUUUGACCGAGCUACCCCGCGCUCCGAAAUACUACAUUUCACGAUCAACUGCCUAUUCGCGUCUCAAGCCCGCAGAUGGCGGGCCCAACUACCAUGCCGCACUCAAAGAUGCCGAAAUCGCGCUCAAACUCGCCAACGAGCGUGGAAACCGCGAGAUGAUCCUCUCCGCUCAGAUGCGCCGUGCCGUGUCGCUGUACCAGCUCGAGCGGUUCGGAGACGCAGAAUUUGUGUUUGAGCUCAUCGCGAGUAAAACUAAGAGCGAUAGAGUGCCAGAGAACAAAUCGGAACAGGUGCAGGCUGCUAUGGGAGGACCCGGAUCCGGAUGGGGAGGCCCCAGAAACAAUUACAGCGCCCAAAUGCCGAUCUGGACCGCCAAACUUCAACGCAAGCUGGCAGAGUUGCCUAAGGAUGACCCGAAGCGUGCUGUCUCCAUUGCUGAACUCCCAUCUAAUACCUCCGUUCCGACUACAGGUGAGCUGAAGGCUCAGUGGAAGGCCCUCAAGGCUGGAAAAAAAGUGGAAGUCGCUGGAGCCUCGCAGCAGCCUGAGCCUCAGCCCCCAGUAGGAUCAACCCUAUCUCCAGCGGAAGCCUUCUUGGCUGCUCAACUUCAGAACCCAAAUACCAGUGCUAUGGCUACCUUUGUUGCCCCAGACAAGAUUCGCCAUGAGUGGUAUCAGUCGCAGGACUCCGUAGUUGUGACUCUUUAUGUCAAGGCAGUCCCAGAGAACAAGGUCACAGUCGAAUUGAAGGAAGGUUUGGUCUCGUUGCAAUUCCCUCUCCCAUCUAGCGCCGAAUACGACUUCACCCUAGACCCGCUCUAUGCUGCUAUCGAUCCCGCUGAGUCCAAGGUCUCGGUUAAGAGCACCAAGAUUGAGCUCACUCUACGAAAGAAGACACCCGGCCAGAAAUGGAGUGCCCUCGAAGGCUCAGCCACCAAUACCACUCAGAUCACCGACCGUCCAGCCGCGCAACAGGCCCCAGCCAUCCCGGGCCCUUCGUACCCCACCUCCUCACGCCACGGCACCAAGGAUUGGGACAAGCUUGCAUCAUCGCUCACCCAGAAGAAACCAAAUGAGAAGGGUGAGGAUGAUGGAAACGUCUCUGAUGGCGAGGUAUCCGAUGGCGAAGGUGGUGAUGCUGUCGACGGGUUCUUCAAGAAGCUGUAUGCCAACGCUGACCCAGAGACCCGUCGAGCUAUGAUCAAAAGCUAUACGGAGAGUCAGGGCACAUCCCUGAGCACGAACUGGUCUGAGGUUUCGAAGGGGAAGGUGGAGGCUCACCCUGAAUGA